AGGUGCGUGAAGAUCGUGAAGUUGCCAAACAAAAAUCGUAUGUCGUUUAUCGCAGCGGACAACUAACUUUCAUCGACGAAGGCAGUUUCAUAUGUCAAGUAUACCAUGGCCAGCACAGGCACAGCAAGGAUGAACUCCAACAUGCUAGAAGAGGACGCGGCAGCGUCGCUCUUUCUCUCUAGCAGUAGGGCCGACCAUGUGAAGGCACCAGGCGCAUCACAACUUGCAGGCUCGUCGGAGACCACGAUUUUGGAGGCAGCUUCAGGCGGAAGAAGUAGCAGCGAAAGUACUAUUACCAGCAAGUUGCACAAGCUCAACCCUUUGUUGCAGAGUUGUACAAGCAAGAGUUCGACGACGUCCAGCUCCACCAGCUACGGUACUUGCCACGAGCUGACCACUUUCACUGACCCCAACGUGACCGGAAAUGCUCAAGCAGCAGGUGGCGCCACUCCGAAUUUUUCCGCGUCCUUGCGAGCGACUGUAGACCAAAAACAACAUCACCCACUUUACUCCAGCACGCGGGCCCGGUUUUUCAAGAAGACAAUCGCCUGGAUUCCCUUGUUGGCGCCGUCUAAUUCAUCUCAACCGAGCAGCACAGCUUCCUCUUCAGCAGCAGCGUCAUCAUGCGGAGCAUCGUCAACCAAAAGCGCGCUUGUAGUUCCUGGCUCUGUCGAAGAAACCACGGCUCAGUACCUGGAGCAGGAACGCGCCCGGGUACGGUCCCGCUUCGUGAUCCUCUGCUGUUUCCUCACCGUGUACCUGACCUCUGUGCUGACCCAGUACAUCCUGGUCGGCGGUCCCAUGUGCGUAAUUUGGUCGAAACAACGUGGGUUUCUGCUUACCACAACGGACAAGUGCGACGACACAAGCAGCAUUCUGGACGAAGAAAUUACUGCUGGACUUCUACUACAGGGAGCAAAAACUACGUCGAAACAAGAACCAGUUUCGACCACCCAGAUGACUUCUUCUUUCGGGCGCCCCCGCCUCACCACGAGCGCCGGAACGCCGCAGAACUUGCGGGGAAGUGCGACAGCAGCGCUGAACGCUUUUUCCGAAGUAAUCAAAGAGGAUCUCCAGCAUGACUGGAACGUGAUGACUGGUGCGGAAGACAAGAACGCUGGUGUGACCCAAAAUGUAAAUGCGGUUAGCGUUAGCGGUGGAGCUGCAGCAGGGCCGGCUUCAGCCGAACAAGGAGGAGCUGAUAAACAAGGCACCAGCGAUUCUUCUUUUCCCAAAAAAGAAAUCGUCGACUACCGCAUUGCGGACGCGGGUGACCGGUGGUGUGUGAGCUUUAGCGGGAUCCUGUGGUUGCCGCAGCCCUGCCGCCUCGGCGGCGACGACUCCUGGUUUGUCAACGGGGCGAUAACCGAGGUGGGGAGGAAGGUGGACAGGAUGAACAAACAAACUGCAUCAAAUGUGCGGCACGACGUUCUUGCGCAACAAGAAGCCGGUGCUGUUGAGCACCAAGGACAGCCACAAUUAUCGCAGGACCAAUCGCAGCUCCCGCCGAGCGCCUUCUACUUCCCGACCCCGAAUGCCUUCAGUCUGAUGAACUUCCAGGAUCCGGCGCGACAGCAGGAAAUGGACAUGCAGCAGUUUCAACCAGCAGGUGGAACUGGUGCUGGUCGUCGUGUGGGGGACGAUCCCACGUCCGAAGCGUCCUCCUCGGUGAUCCAGCUGGCGGCGAGCGAGGAUGUGAAUUCUGUGCCUGUUCGCACGAUGAUGCACGAUGCUGAUACGAUUGGCGGUUCGAGUACUAGCACUAGUAUCAUGCAGCUGGGGGAGGAACACGAACAGGAACAGCGUGUGGAAGUCGAAGUGCAAGACCAAGUCGCCGCUAGUACUGCUCACCAGCAAUACAAACUAGCCUCUUCGCGGCACUUCUCGAGUAGUUCUGCGGCAGAGCAGCAGCAAAAACGGAAGUUGUACGAGAAGGCAUUGCGGAUGCAGAAGCGAGAGCGGGAGUUGGAGAAAGUGGAUGAAGGAGGAGACCGCGGUAGUCUGGAGAGCGACCUCGAUUUGGGGGACGUGGACGAGGGAGUGCGUGCUCAGAAACCAGAAGGAAGCGGCAUGGUCCCCGUCGCGAAGGAUUUUCCCUUGAUCUCGCAGCUCCGGAUGCGCACUCCUCGGUCCGAUGUCGCAGAAGGAGGGAGCGAGGCUCACUUUUACGGCGUUUACGGUGUACCGGGAGCGGUCACAGGGCUCACGGGUGAUACGGAGUUUCAACGACCGUGUCUCGCGGAAAGCCAAAUUCCUGCACUGCUGAACGCCGGCUUAGUAGCUCGGCAAGACUUCGUAUAUCAAAGCUUGAGCUCUUCGUGUUGAUCUUUAUCUAUUGGGUAAAACAUCAAGUACAAACAAAAAUACAGAGAUCAAAAUAGAAAUCUUGCGUCGCGCCGCCCCCACUUGAUAUUGAAAAGCACACCAAAAAACAGAACCGCCAGGACGCGUCGCUCACGUGGUUCGAGUUGCUGUUUUCGACGGCAAAGCCAAAUCAGUUCCUUCUUCACUACACCUACCGUGUCAGUGUGCCCGACGGUAGCGGGAAGGGUGCUGCCGGAAAUCCGACUGGUUUGAGUCGCGUUGUCGUUGUCGACUGCAACGUGCCUGGAGGAAAGUGCAAAGACAGCACAAAGCUACCAGUGUGGACAAUUAACGGUGGAAAAGCAAUCCAAGUUGCAGACGAAGUUGCGAGUUUAAGCGUCAAAAUGGCAUCGGAGGAGGAGGUAGCAGAACCUGUUAGUUGAUUAUUUAUUAGGUUUGUCGCGUCCGCUUCGGAUGAGGUCAGCUCGAGUGUUGGAAUGUCUCUACUAACCUUGAUAGCGAUAUGAAUGACGAAGAAAAUCAAAACAUGGGCUAAAAUCCAGAUCUCUGUCUCACAAAAUCUCGUACAGAUGGACAAUGCGGCCACGGAGCCGGACAAAGCGUGGAAGAACGGUUACUACAAGGACACGCUCAAGCCGGAGCAAGACUUUGCGUUUGGAAACCGCGAAGAGCGGAUGGAAAAAAAUGAGUACCCCUACUUCGAACUGAGCAUCAAAAAACUUGAAGACGGCGCUACUGUCCCGGACGAGCCAAAACCCGAUGACGCGGACGUGAAUGAGCUUGACCAACCCAAAACGGUAACGGGAGUGUGCGGUUCGGGCUCGGGGGCUUCGUAGUUCCGAUUACAUGGUUGUUCACAUUCUUUUUUCUUGCACCCUGACGAUCAUACCCUUGCUUAUUCUUGAUGUAUGAUUUGUAGUUUUGAUAUGUAUACUCUACUUCUGCGUCUUGUGUUACGUUUCAAUAUGGACACAAAAGCAAUAAUGGCAGCUGCACGUGUACCUACCUGCCUUCGACCAAAGUUUCAAAGAAUCAAAUGGCAGUCCCGCGGUACCCAGUAUGCUAAAUGUAAAUCUUCAUCUGAUACGUCGGACAACUGUAGUUGGAAAGCCCAUCCUUACUAAGUCAAAGUGUGCUGCUCUUCGAAAAUAAGUGUCAGAGACAACCACAUGAGACACCGUUGAAAGAAUUCUUGUAGCACUUGAGAUAACUACGGGGACGGUGCCCAAAUCAAAAU